UGAAAGUCUUUGACGGCCGUUUUAUAGCAUUCCAUUGUAAUGAUGUAUUGCACUGCUGUUGUAUAAUUAAUUGUCAAUAAGAUAUUUGUUAAUAAAAUAAUGUACUUUUAUUUUACAAUUUUAUUUGAGGCAUUUUACAGGUACCAAUCAUAAUUUGAAUAUGCUCAAUUAUUGUUGCUGUUGAUUGCAUUCAAGUCAACGAUGGGAAAUAUAUAACAAUACAUUCAUGAAUUUGUGACAGAAUGUGUUUUAAACUUUUGAUAAUUACUCAAAUCACUUUGUUCGUGCAUUACGGAUACAGUUUCAGAUAGUUUUCCCUGUGAAAAAUGGAACGUCACUGCAAAAGCUUAAAAGAAGUUGAGGAAAAGCACAGAAUGGACGUUUUGAACAUUUUAAAGAGUUUUGAGUUUGAAAGAAAAGAUCUUGAGAAGAGAUUACGCGAGGAGUUUGAAAGGAAAGAAAAAACCCUGAAAAACCAAGAAGAAUGUUUGAAGGAAGGGAGCGUUUGUGUUGACAAAACAAAUAUAAAGACUGAAGAAGGGACAACGGACGAGAAAUUGCUGGAGAUACUGGACUUCGAGAAAGAAUUACCUCAAAGAAAAGCUCAGUUUCUCGACAGUGUUGACACAACUGAUAAUUUAGUUAACGUAGAAAGAAAGACGAAGUCUUUGCCUGUAAUAGAGGAAGAGAACAAACAACUAUCUCAAGCAUUAAACAGAAGCAAAGACGAAAUAAUUCGGCUCAAAAAUAAAGCUGAAGAUUUCAUGGAAGAUCUGAACAAUGUUCACAGACUUAUUGAGGAUGGAUCAAAGGAGUGUCUUGAACUUGAUUCUCGUUCCAAAAUAUUACCAGAAACACUGACUGAAACAAAGGUGUCAUUAUCUCGCAGUUUGGGUAAUGCCGAGGAAACUGAUGCAAAUCUUGAACAAGCUUAUUCUGUAUUGAGUUUUCGACUUGAAGAAUUAGACGUUGAAAACGAAGAUUUAAAACAGAAAGUAUCAAAUUUGGAGUUAAAGGUUCGCAGGAUUAUCGAAGAACACGAGCUGAAAUGUAAUGUCUUCAACGAUAGACUCGAUGAACUAACACAGAACAUCUUCUCGUAUAAAUGCUGUGAGGAUUCGUGUUUGAAAGAGCAGAUAGUCAACGAUUUAAGAAAAAUUCGUCUUCAAAGUGCGUCUUUCGAGUUAUUGGAGGAAUACGCAAGUAUUUCUUUACGUGAAAGCUUAAGCACAUCCUCUUUGGAGAUUGAUGACAUUAAUUUGUUUUUCGAGUUGCAGACGUUAGAACAAAUUUUAGAAAUGGAAAUUUUUGACUGUGGCGUGUUUGAUUUAAGAAUGAAGGAUAAACUGCGCUUGGUUUUGAAAGAAAAAGAAAAGAAACUUUUGAUUUCGUACACUGUUGAAAAAUUACGAAAUGAAAUAAGGCAUGCUGUUGUAAUUCAAGGUGCUAUGGAGGAAAUGCAGAAAGAAUUUGCAAAGGAUUUUUGUGUGCAUGAAGUUGUUAAUGAAGUAUUGAAGCAACAUUUCGAGACAUCGGUUACAGGAAGACUGGAUGACACUGAUGCCACUCAAGAUAAUGGCGAUGUUACUUGUGAACAUUUCAAUAUAUCCGACUACAUGGAAAAAUCAUUUGACAAGGUACUGCAGAAGCAUUCAGAAGAUGACAGCGUGAAGAACAAUGUCAAACGUAGUGAUGAUGAAAAAGAAAGAGGAUAUUUGGACAACAUCAAGAAUUCAAGUGACACAAGUCAGAAUGAAGAGCUGGAAACAUCUCUGCAAGACUUACAAAAUCGUUUUGACCAGGAACGCCAAAUGUGGCAGGAAAAGCAAGUUGCUUUACAAGGCCCAGAAGAUUCUGAUGAUAGAGACAAAGAAUUGCGCUGUUUGAAAGCUCGCGAGAUAUUGAUGGAAGACAUAUGGAAAAAAGAAAUAUUUAAUUUGUCUCGUCUUUAUUACAUGGAAAUGAAAGAUGAAGUAAAUUCACGUUUAAAACGAGAAAAACAUAAUUGCAAAAUAAAACAUGAAAAGAACAGGCUUAUCGAUGCUUGGAAACAUCAUGCUGAAGUGGGAGAACUUUAUCAAGAAAUUUUGAGCAAAGAAAACGAAACUUUGGAAAACCUACAGAGAACCCACGAAGAGGAUCAAGUUGAAGAAUAUGACAAUGAUGUGUUGAAGCAAGAGAGUUUUAAAAUUCAACAACAGUUGCCGUUGAGGUUUGAGCUAUUGGAGUUACAAAGAAAACGAUGUCGAGAUCAUAAAGCAGCCAAUCACAUCAUUGAACAGGCCGUGGUUGCCUUGGAAACUGUCAUGAAAGAACCUAACGAGUUUUUCAAUGAUGAAAAACGCAAAUCGAGUUGGUCCAGCAUUGAAGACAAUCCAGUACUUACAUCACAAAACGAUCUUUCCAAUGCUGAGUUUGAAAAUUUCUCAGAGGAAAUGAAUGCCAAUACCGAGAAGAUACAAACGAGAAGCGCAUUGACUGAUGGGUUGGUUCAAAUAUUGGAAAAUGUCCUUGAAGAUUAUGGAACGAAAGAUGACAGAUUUCUUGACCCAUGCAUCAGUGAUAGUGAGCCGAGUGAUGCUGAAGGGGUUUUUGCUCAAUACAUCCGAGUGUGGAUGAUUCUUAUACAAAAAAUAAAAAUGAUACAACUCUUGAAGCACCGACUACACAAGAAAAAACGUUGGACGUUGCGGAUGUUAUCCAAGAAACGACCAGGAAUAAAGUAAUUCCAGAAAUCAUUGAGCUUCCACCUGCUACCGAAAAGAUGUUUCACACUGAGAGAUUUGACAUUUGUCAGUUGCCUCGUGAGGAGUACAUUGACAACAACCAUCGAAAGACGAAGAAGUUAAGUAGAGCAACAAAGAACAAUAAGAAAAAAAAUAUGAAAAUAAUUUCUUUAUUCCGCGAAAAAACAUUGGCUUUUCUUGAAGAUAUUGGAAUUUGUGGCAAGGUGAAGGCAAAGAAUACAUCCCCACGAAAGAGAGCAUGCGCAACACCUGGCGAUGACAAAGAAGUUAUUGAUUCCGUUGAGCAACAUGAGAUCUUGCAGAAAUAUAAAAAAUUGCUUGUGAUAGCAAAGAAAGAUUUAGAUCGUGCCCAUAGAGCUCUUAAAUUUCGAGUCAUAGGUCAAGAAAAUGCAAAAAGUAAGAACUUUAAGAUCAACGAUCGCGAAGAAAAUAAUGAGAAACAAGAUGGUCUUGAAAAUAAUAGUAACUCAGAGGAUGUCUGUAUUAGAUCGCUUCAAAACGUUCGACUUUGAACAAAAAUAUUUUGUCAGUACAAGGAAAGAAGAAAAUAAAAAUCUUUACAUAUA